ACAAAACAGGAACAGUUCAGUAGUAAGGCAAACUUCGGCCUGACAGCAUACAAGCCAUUUUCAUCAAGUCAUCAAAUUUUACACAAAUGGCUUAAAAUGGGAGAACUACAGACUGAAGAGAAUGGAAAGGCGGAAAAGAAUGGAAAAGUGAUGAAAAAUGGAACAGAGAAUUAUGAGAAUAAUGGCAGAGUCGGAGGAAAAGGAAAGGGAAAAAAUGGAAACCAUUUAUACCGGAUAACACCUCAAAUAGAAGAAAUGGAGAUAGAAAUAGAAAAUACAGUUGUGAAGCCUGGAAGAAGUUGUUGUGAAAAGAUUGCUCUUAGUUCCUGUUUAUUUGGAUUCGUUUUUAUUGUUGGAGGCGUUAUAAGUGCUUUAUUGAUGAGACCUUAUGUUCACAAUCAAAUAGAAGAAAAUCUUGUUCUAGCGGAGAACGGAAAGGCAUUCCAUGGCUGGAAGGAUCCUCCUGUAACGCCAAUUCUUAAAAUUUAUUUUUUUAAUUUAACAAAUUCUGUUGAAUUUUUAAAUGGUGCUAAACCUAUUGUUAAUAAAGUUGGUCCUUAUGUUUAUCUUCAGGAGAUUCAUAAAACUAAUGUCAGUUUUCACGAUGAGGGUGAGAAGGUUACAUUCAGUGAUAAUAAAACCUAUUAUUUCUCUCCUGAUCUAUCUACAGGAUCUGAGACAGAUCAGCUGAUCCUACCCAACCUACCCCUCCUCGGAGCUAUUAAGAAGUUCGGAAAUGAUCUCACAACUCUCUCCCUCUUCCUAAGUAUGCUCAGAUCAAAAACAUUUGGAAUAGAUAAGGGACCGUUCUUGAACUUAAAUGUGAGGGAAUAUCUGUGGGGAUAUCCAUCCCUUAUACUCUCUAUAGCGGAGAACCAGGCUUGUGAGAGUAGUAGAGUAGAAGAGUUUCAAGGACGAGGGUUCGAGGACGACUGGGAUAAUUGGGACGACGAGGAGGAGGACGAGAAGGAAGAGGAUGUCCGUUCUAAAGCAGGUGUUGAAGAGAACUGUAGAAUUGAUCCCUUGAACCUAAACAAGUUUGGAUUGUUUUUAAACACCAAUGGGACAGUAAGGAAUCAAAGAACAGUGCAUACGGGAAAAAAUGAUUUAAGAUUAAAGGGAAUGUACUCGAGUAUUGGUGGAGAGUCUCGAAUUAGUUCCUGGUCUAAUGAAUCCUGCAAUCUGCUGGAUGGAAGGGACCCAGGAACUCUCACUGUCGAUCUCAAAAAGGAUGAGCCCCUGGGCCUGUAUUUCCAGAGUUUGUGUCGAAGAAUAAACUUUAGAUAUAUGAAAACAAUUCAACACUAUGGUAUAGAUGCUUACAGAUUUUCCCCGGUCGAGGAAACAUUUAACUCUGGUUCAGAGUCAGGUUCCAACUCUUGCUACUGCUCCAGGCCCCCCUGCCCUCCUUCAGGAGUUUUUGAUCUAUCACAGGGGUGCAAGGAAAACUCCCCUGUGUUGAUGUCAUGGCCUCACUUCCUAUACGGGGAUCUAGAGCUCAGAGAAGGAGUUGAUGGGAUACCCCCACCUGACAGGGAAAAUGAUUCUUUCCAGAUGGAACUAGAGCCUAAGUGGGGAACCACCCUUGCUAUUCGUGCCAGGUUCCAGAUGAAUGUGUUUAUAUCAAACUCUGGAUACUCAGAAUUCUCUAAAAUUAAGAAAGGUGUUUAUCUUCCAUUCUUGAUAUUGGAUGAGGGAAUUCCAGGGCCCAAUCAGUAUGUCCUGAGUAAAGUAAAGAUGUUAAUGGGACUAGAAGAUACAGUUCAGAGCUUUACAGCAGUUGGUGGUAUUCUACUCGGCCUCCUUUGUAUGAUCCCUGAAAUCAUUAUCUGGUCAAGAUCAUGCUGCUGCAAGACCAAAUCUUAUUCCGCUGUUAAUAAGAUAUAGAGUCGUGUAAUCAUUUUCUUCAGCCUCAUCAUCAUUAAUUUCAUCCUUAUCAUCAUUAAUUUCAGUCUCAUUAUUAUUAAUUUCAGCCUCAUCAUCAUUAAUUUCAGUCUCAUUAUUAUUAAUUUCAGCCUCAUCAUCAUUAAUUUAGCCUAAUUAUCCUUAAUUUCAGCCUCAUCAUCAUAAAUUUCAGCCUCAUUAUCAUCAUUAACUUCAGCCUCAUCAUCAUUAAUUUAAGCCACAUCAUCAUUAAUGUCAGCCUCAUCAUCAUUAAUUUCAGCCUCAUCAUCAUUAAUUUCAGCCUCAUUAUCAUUAAUUUAGCCCAAUUAUCAUUUAUUUCAGCCUCAUUGUAAUUAUUCUUUGCCUCAUUAUAAUAAAUUUCAGCCUCAUCAUCAUCAUCUUCAAUUUUAUAACCCUUAUUAACGAAUACAUCGAGAGAAUUCAUCAAAUGUCGUAUUCUUCACUUUCCGAUGAUGGAAUGUUGCAGAUAUUUAGUUUUUUUAAUUAUCUUUAAAACUGUUCCUGCAUAUUCAUGGCUAUUUAUUUAUUUUCGCAAAUACUGAAAUUUAGGUAAUAUAGUAUAAGAUUCAUUGACAAAUUGUCAAGACGACAUUUAAUAAAUUUUUCCGAUGUAUUCGUUAUUAAGGGUUUCACUGUAGCUUCAUUAUAUUUAUCAUCUUAAUAAUUUCAUUGAAAUCAUCAGUAUCAUCAGGAUAUCAGCAUGAUCAUCACGAUAAAAUAGAUCAUCAUGAUCAUCUUCAUCAUCACUAUCAUCAUCUUCAUCAUCAUCAGGAGUAGGAGUAUCAUAAUUAUCGUCAUCAACAUGAUUAUUAUCAUCAUCAAUAUCAUAAACAUAAUCAUCUAAUCAUCAUCAUCCUCAAUUGCGAUAUCCAUUACUCCAGCUAAUUUAAACUUAUCUUUUUUAACAAUAAACUAUUCAUCACAUGGAACACAUUGAAACUGAUUUUUUUCUUCUUUUUUAUUAUUUUGUUUAUUAUCCUUAAUUGCAUCAUUAAUCAUCAUUAAUCAUCAU